AUGCCGGUGGAGAACACAUCUUCUCCUGGAGAGAGGCGAGUUAGAUUUUUGACAAACACCGAGCAAAGGAUGCUCCUGGCGGAGUCUGACAGCAAUGCAAAGGGACAGAAAAGGAGAAGAGAGGGAACGCACGCAUUUCCCGGAGCAUUGUCUCUGGAACAAGUUUUGCAACUUGCACAUGCGAACUUCCCUAUCGCGCGGAGCCCCUUCGGAGCGUGCACUGGGGCUGCUGCACCUUCCUCGGCGUCCCACGCUAGCGGCAGCGCGGGCUGUGCACGCCCAGGCAAGUUUGCAAGGUGGAAAGUUUCCACGCGUAUCCCCCAGCCCGCUCCUGCCCGCCCGGCUCUGCAAAGGGACCGGCCAACCCCAAGAAGCAAAGGCGCCGCACCCUUCCCUCCAGCGGCAUCAGCUCCGGGGCUUCCUCCGCUGCACGGUCUCCAUGAGCCUGGGAGCCAGCCCCGCUGCGCCCUCCCGGUGCAGCGCGCAGCCCGGGACUGGAGCCGGGAGGAGACGGCUGGAGGCUCGGCGCGCAGCUCGGGACUCUGCCUGGGGGCUCUGAGCGGAGGGGGAAGGGGGCGAUCCCAACCCGCCGGUCUGGUCACAGCGCAGCCUACCGGGAGGAGAGCCCGCUCCCGUGUCGCCGCCUCUUCUUCCCCUUGCCAGCCUCUCCCUAGCAGAGAGACAGACCCACACUCACCCCGCUCCUGCCGCCUGCUCUCUGGGGAACACAGACGCUCAGCCUCUGUGUCCGCUCAUCCCGGCAGAGAGACGCUCGCUCUCCACAGCCUCCCUGGUGCCUCUUCUUCCCCUCAAAGACACACACGGCUCGCCCUGGAUCCUCGCAAGCGCCUGCCUCCUUCCCGUCACAGCAGGCAGACCUCACGAGUUCUUCUCUCCCAUCCCCAGCUGCCGCGCUCCUACACACCCACCCUGCAGCCUCUCACAUCUGCCUCAACCCAUCCCACCGGCGCAGGGAAGGCUCCACGGGCUACACCCUCAGCUCCAUGCAAUAGUCCUUCAGUGGCAGGGCGAGCCACACGGUGCACUGUAAAAGCCCGAGAUCUGGACAGGGCUUCCCAGUGUGUUUCUGCUUUUAUCCCGCGGCCCUUGCUCCUUACUGUUGUUUACCCCGAUCCCCUGGCGGGUAGUUAUGGGUGAUGAGUCAUUAUCUAUGGUCCUAUACUAUGCUCUAAUAGCUGACUCGCUCGCAAUAUUUAAUAAAAAGAAAAGGAGGACUUGUGGCACCUUAGAGACUAACCAAUUUAUUUGAGCAUAAGCUUUGGUGAGCUACAGCUCACUUCAUGGAAUGCAUUCAGUGGAAAAUACCAGCUUUUUGCGAAUACAGACUAACACAGCUGCUACUCUGAAACAAUAUUUAAUGUCUAUCUUGCCAACACCCUUGUGAGGUAGGGAGCUGCUUGUAUCCCCAUUUUAGAGAUGAGGAACUGAGAGACACAGGCUGAGACUUUCAAAAGUACCUAGUUUUGGGAAGUUCCUAGGCCUUAGUGAAAGUCAAUGGGAUAGGAGUUAGGUACCUAAGUCACUUAGGCAUUUUUAAAAAUUCCUCCUUAAAUGAUUUACCUAAGGCCACACAGGAAGCCUGGGGUGGAUCAAGGAACUAAACCUAUGUACCCCACAAAUCGAGCUAGCAGCUUAAUUUUUGAGCCAGCUGCCUUCUUUUAUUGCUUGUUUUUCAUCUGGCAGCUUUUCCCUUUUUUUUUUUUUUUUUUUUUGGUGUGUGUGUGUGUGUGUGUGUGAAAAAUCUUUUAUCUUGGUUGAUAAUUACAGGAAAUAUCUUUCUCAUGCUUUCUUGUAUGUCAGAACCUGGAAUAUAAGAACAGCCAUACUGGGUCAGACCAAAGGUCCAUCUAGCCCAGUAUCCUGUCUACCAACAGUGGCCAAUGCCAGGUGCCUCAGAGGGAAUGAACAGAACAGUUCCUGAUCCAUGAGAAGACCUUCCCUCUUAUCCCAUGACUGCUUACUUUGGCAAGGUCCCUCAUCAAAGGCUCUUAAGCAAAGGCUUUCUGAAAGCCCACUGUAUCCAUUGGAUCACCCUUGUUCACAUGUUUGUUGACCCCCUCAAAGAAUUCUCAGAGACAGAGUUCAGCUACAUUGACUUCUUGGAUCAGAUCCUGUGUGCCACUUAUGACCAAACGAAGAAUUGCCUCUCCACUUGUGGAUUCCAGGACUACCUGCUCCAAGAAGCAGUCAUUAAUGGUGUCUAGAAACUUUCUCUCUGCGUCCCAUCCUGAUGUGAUAUAUAGCCAGUCAGUAAGGGGAAGGUUGACAUCCCCCAUUACUAUUGGUUUUUCUGUUUUUGUAGCCUCUCUAAUUUCCCUGAGCAUUUCACAAUCACCACCGUCAUCCUGGUCAGAUGGUUGAUCAUACAUUCCUACUGCUCUACUCUUAUUAUUCAAGCAUGAGAUUUCUAUACAUAGAGAUUCUGUGGUACUGUUUGAUUCAUUUAAGAUUUUUAAUAUAUUUGACUCUAUGGUUUCUUUCACAUAUACCUCGGAAGGGUAUUCUCAGUGCAAGGAUACCAUGACAUCAUCUGGAAAGAGAAUAGGAUUGUUCCUCCUGCUCCAGCUCGAUGUUCUCCUUGCCCAAGACUUUACUCCUUCUCAACAGCACGGGGGCUGUCAGACUGGGAGUGGGGCCACUCUUCUGUUGCCCAGUAAACAUUGUCUAUGUACCUCUCUGUCUCCUUUACCUCCUCCAGUUCAGCUAGGAUGAUCUCAAGAGCCCACAAUCUGAGGGCCAUGAGCAGCUUGCACUGAAUGGGAACAUAUACCACCUGCCCACAAAGUGCAAUAAACUGUAUGUCCAGCAGCAAGACUGGGGGCUUUCUGCCUGUAUUAUUUUUUACUGUUGCAGCAGAUUUGUUUGUUUGGGGGUUGUCAUAAAUAUAAAGGGAAGGGUAAACCCCUUUGAAAUCCCUCCUGGCCAGGGGAAAGCUCCUCUCACCUGUAAAGGGUUAAGAAGCUAAAGGUAACCUUGCUGGCACCUGACCAAAAUACUAAUGAGGAGACAAGAUACUUUCAAAAGCUGGGAGGAGGGAGAGAAACAAAAGGGUCUCAGUCAGUCUAUAUGCUGUUUUUGCCGGGGAUAGACCAAGAAUGGAGUCUUAGAACUUUUAGUAAGUAAUCUAGCUAGGCAUGUGUUAGAUUAUGAUUUCUUUAAAUGGCUGAGAAAAGAAUUGUGCUGAAUAGAUAACUAUUUCUGUCUGUGUAUCUUUUUUGUAACUUAAGGUUUUGCCCAGAGGGAUUCUCUAUGUUUUGAAUCUAAUUACCCUGUAAGGUAUCUACCAUCCUGAUUUUACAGAGGGGAUUUCUUUACUUCUAUUUACUUCUAUUUCUAUUAAAAGUCUUCUUGUAAGAAAACUGAAUGCUUUUUCAUUGUUCUCAGAUCCAAGGAUUUGGGUCUGUGGUCACCUAUGCAAAUUGGUGAGGCUUUUUAUCCAAUGUUUCCCAGGAAAGGGGGGGUGCAAGUGUUGGGAGGAUUGUUCAUUGUUCUUAAGAUCCAAGGGUCUGGGUCUGUAGUCACCUAGGCAAAUUGGUGAGGCUUUUUUACCAAACCUUGUCCAGGAAGUGGGGUGCAAGGUUUUGGGAAGUAUUUUGGGGGGAAAGACGUUUCCAAACAGCUCUUCCCCAGUAACCAGUAUUUGUUUGGUGAUGGUAGCGGCCAAUCCAAGGACAAAGGGUGGAAUAUUUUGUACCUUGGGGAAGUUUUGACCUAAGCUGGUAAAGAUAAGCUUAGGAGGUUUUUCAUGCAGGUCCCCACAUCUGUACCCUAGCGUUCAGAGUGGGGAAGGAACCUUGACAGGGGUGUUAUUGGAUUAAGUUUCGAGACGGUUUAUUAGAUCUAUCUAGCUCUCACACUCCCUCACAAAAUUCCCUUGUUUACUGCUCCUGUUCUCUAGCUCAGUGGCUCGACCUUUCCAGACUACUUCAGGAGUCUGAUUUGUCUCGUGUACCCCAAGUUUUACCUCACUUAAAAAGUACUUGCAAAAAAAAAAACAAAAAAAAGUCACAGCACACUAUCACUGAAAAAUUGCUUACUUUCUCAUUUUUACCAUAUAAUUACAAAAUAAAUAGUUUGGAAUAUAAAUAUUGUACUUACAUUUCAGUGUAUAGUAUAUAGAGCAGUAUAAACCAGACAUUGUCUGUAUGAAAUUCUAGUUUGUACUGACUUUGCUAGUGCUUUUUAUGUAGCCUGUUGUAAACCUAGGCAAAUAUCUAGAUGAGUUGACAUACGCCUAGGAAGACAUCUGCGUAUCCCCAGGGCUACAUGUACCCCUGGUUGAGAACCACUGUUCUAGCUCCUCUGGCCAUCUACAAGCUGGCUUUUUGAACCCCUGUUCUCCCUGAGUUAGCCCCGCCUCAUUGUCAAAGGUUCCUAAAAGGGUUAGGGAUCAAAGGGUGGCAGGCUAGAGCCUUGUUAGCAAGCGCUCAGCCUUUCCCUAGCAGGCCACUAGGCUCAGCACCCAAACCCCUAAACAGACCUCACUCCAACGGUCAUGUAGUCACUCCUUCACCUGGAGAACUCCCUCACAAAACUGUUUGCUGCUCCUGUUUGCUAGCUCAAAGCUAAUAAUUAAGGUAUAUUAGGGUUCACAGGUUUUUCCAUUGUUGUAUACAUUCACAGUACCUGGUUUAAAAAAAGAGUAGAUAAACAAUACAUAUACAAGUGCCAACAUUUUCAUGGUCUAAUUUCAUAGCCAUCAUCUCCCAUAAGGGGAGACAUCUAUCAGUGGGGAUCUGUGCAUGCCAUUCUUGCUUUAUGGUUACUGCUGCUCCAUUUUUUUCUUUAUUAAAAGUUGCUCAGAAAAGAAUUAUUGAAUUAGAAACUUGUAUCAAGUUCUUUCACCAAUUACUUGGCACAACUAUCACUGUAUAUUCGUAUUCCUUAUAUUGUAUUUUCAUGUUUGUGGCCAUUAUCAGUGACAGCUUGGCAGGUACAAUUAGUGCUCUAAACUGUUGAUUUUAUUUCCCACCCACCUCCGUCUGCCUCCAGAUGUGUCAUUCCCUACCAACAACUCCUUCAGUAUGUGGCACUUCCUUGCGCUGGAUGACACCUUAUAAUAAAUAGAAAUGUUGGAGAGAAAGAAAAACAAGACAGAGAGAGAAAGAAAAAAUGUCCCAUUGCUUGGUCAAGUAAUAAGGCCAUAUCAGAGGGCAUUUCCCCAGCUACCCAGUGAGCCGCACUGCCUGGCCCAUAUGCGUGGUCUUUUACUCACAAUAUGCAUGCAGUCUGUUACUGUUCACCAUGUGUAUCUUUAAUCUUUAAUCUGUAGAAUCUCUACAGACCACAGUACAGGCAUGGGUCCAGGGGAGCCCUCCACCCAGUUUUCUCUGCCACACCCAGCAAUUAUUUAUCUUCCUUUUCUCAGCUAAUUACCUCAUUAGCCCGAUCAUUUCCCCCACAUGUCAAAAUGUCCACCAUAACAGGUUAAUUGCCCCCAGUUAACCCUGUAAUGAUCUCUGUAUUCAAUCACUUGAGUGACCAUGGUGCCUCAACUCGGUCACAGGUCAAUUCUGCCAACAGUUUUUUCAUUUAGUAAUGAUUGAUAAAGAUGAUUCAUGCCCAGGGGGACGUAAAGGGAACUUUACACACCAUUGGUCCUUAUUGGACAGACCAAGGACUGAUGUGGAAGGAUGCAAAAGAGUCAAGGUAUUCAUAGCUUUGAGGGACACGGACGUUCCCUCCCUACAAAGCUAACAUGACAGCCUUAGAAAAGUGCGCACACUGCCAACUUCUUCUCAAAUAACGGCGAGGCCAAUUGCCAUGGAGGUGGGGGAAAGCUAGAUGGUGAGCUGAAGGGCCUCUAUUACAGUGGGGUUGGCCCUUUCCUCAGGCUGGCAGAAGACUCCAAGAAUUACUGCCUCCAACACUCUCGUUCCCAGAAGUUCAGACUGGCAGUCUACCUGUGGACCAAGGACACUACGGUGGUAUCUUUAUAAGUGACUAGUUUUGUGUUCCUCAACUUUUGGAUGCACAGCUUGAGACACCUUAGAGGGCCCUGAUUAGCACAGUACUAACUGAAAAUCAAGACACUUUAAGGUGUCUCAGGUUGAGCACCCAAAAAUCACCAGUCAUGUUUGAGAAGCAUCUCAACAGGCACGUAACUUUAGCUAUCUAACUAACUAACUAACUACAACAAAAAAUCCAUGGAGGCAAGAGGAGAAACGCUUCAAUUUACAUGAGUUGAGAAUGAACGCCUUGGUUCUAGAUGUUUUGAGUACAACCUUGACAGCAUUAAAGUCAAUGGUGAAACUUCUAUUGACUUCAGUAGGGCCAAGAUAUCAUGCUUGGCUUUUACAUUUUGAUUUCCAUCUAAAAACAACUUAACCCAAAAUGAUGCCUGUCAAACCUCUGGUUGCCCUUGCUGUACAUUAAAAACUACAAUACUGGAGGAGUUGCAACAUAAGGCAUUGAAAGCAGCAGCUCUUCUCCUUCCUCCAUAACACACCUCAUUUGGAUGCUGCUCAACUCUCUCUUCAAGUGAGGUCUCCAAUGCAGAGAUUGUCAGCCACCACCUUCUAUCUUUUGCAGUUGCAAUGGAUCGAAAAUGUCCACUCUUCUUUGGAAACCAGUCCAUAUGACAAUGUUUCUGACAUAACUGGCUCUCUUUCUUUCUCUCCUCCUCCUGGUUUGCCUAUGUUCUGCUAAAUGAUAUACAUGCAGUGAGACUAGUUUGACAGCAACACCCAUGAUCCAAGUUGUGAUGUUGCACCCCAUAAUGUUUUAUGGAAAUAUGCUUUUUAAUGUAAAUAUGACAUAACUGGAAUAUGUUUUAUGCUACUGUCAAGGUUCCUUCCCGACUCUGAACUCUAGGGUACAGAUGUGGGGACCUGCAUGAAAAC